UUGUGAACUGUCUCAAAAAAGGGAUAAAUUAGCUAAUGAUAACAAUUCAAAAAUAUACACUUUACCUAUAUAUAUAUUUUUUCAGAUUAGAUGGCAAAUUUUUGAAAGCCAGAAUCUCGUGUUUCUUUGGACUGGCACAAGACACAUCAAAUUUACCGAGACUCACACAGGAGCAGACAACGUGAAACAAUUCUCUUCAAUAAGGCCAUGAAUGGGGAAUAGCUUGCUUCUCCGAAUCUUGCGCCAUCGUCGUCGGUGCUCCCUGGUUCACGUUCCCCCACGUCUCUCCUGCCGCUUGUUUUUUUCCCACAUUUUACGUGGAUUAGAUUAAUCAAGACCUCAACUACAAAUUGACCUCAACUACAAAUUGACUUUACCGCUUUUGUUUUUUCAGUUUUUUCUUUUUACGUCACCUGCGAAUGUUGAAAAAAAGUAAUGAGACUUUAGACAAAGGAGUAGAAAAGAUGUUUUCAAAUAUAGGGAGUAAAAGCAAAAAUAAGUCAGUACUACAUACUUUAAGUAAAGUACAGAUAUAUGAAAAUCUACAUAAGUAGGUGACAGUAAGUAAGUAUUUGUACUUCAUUACUUCCUAGUCCUGUUUUUUUUUUUAAACAGAUAUUAUAUGACAGGGGCAACACAGUCAUGAUAUUGAACUAAAAUGAUUUGUUUUAUGACAGAUCUGACGUGACAGUCAUCGUUACGAGCUCUUAUUUUGACACGUACUAACCGGAAGUACUCAUUUAAUUUAGCCGGGGUAUUUUUUUUUCGCGUCCCUUCCUGGUGUCACUACCACACAAUGAAAAUUCCCACUCUCACAAUCUUAUUGAGCAGCCUUUUCUCAGCAGACGGCAUUCAUGUCCAGGACACUGCCGGGCAGUUCUUCAGCAGCGGUCACACCAACAACUGGGUGGUUCUGGUGUGCACGUCCAGGUUCUGGUUUAACUACCGUCAUGUUGCCAACACUCUAUCCGUGUACAGGAGCGUCAAGCGUCUCGGCAUCCCCGAUAGCCACAUUGUGUUGAUGCUGGCAGACGACAUGGCUUGCAGCCACAGGAACCCGAAGCCGGCCACCGUGUUCAGCCACAAGAACAUGGAGCUGAACGUGUACGGCGACGACGUGGAGGUGGACUACCGAGGUUACGAGGUGACUGUGGAGAAUUACCUGCGAGUUCUGACAGGGAGGCUUCCCGCUAGCACGCCGCGCUCCAAACGUCUUCUGUCUGAUGACCGAAGCAACAUCCUCAUUUACCUGACAGGCCAUGGUGGAAAUGGCUUCCUGAAGUUCCAGGACUCUGAGGAGAUCAGCAAUGUGGAGCUGGCAGAUGCCUUUGAACAGAUGUGGCAAAAAAGGAGGUACAACGAGCUGCUUUUCAUCAUCGACACCUGUCAGGGAGCUUCCAUGUACGAAAGGUUCUACUCUCCAAACAUCAUAGCUAUAGCCAGCAGUCAAGUCGGAGAGGACUCCUUGUCGCACCAACCAGAUUCGGCCAUCGGUGUCCAUUUGAUGGACCGUUUCACCUUCUACCUGCUGGGAUUUCUGGAAGACAUCCACCCCGCCAGCAAAACUAAUAUGAACGACAUGUUCAAAGUAUGCCCCAAGAGCCAGUGCGUGUCCACUGUGGGCCACCGUACCGACCUGUUCCUGCGAGACCCGGGAAGCGUUCUCAUCACUGACUUCUUCGGUAGCGUCCGCAAGGUGGAGAUCACCAUGGAAACCAUCAAUUUGACCGAGCCUAUCACGUUGGUGGAAGACAAUUCCAACAACGGAGAACUGCAAAAGGCGUCGCUCUCAUACGUGGAUCAGCUGCCGGUGUCUGAGAUCAUCCAUCAGAAGCCCAAACAGAAAGACUGGCACCCUCCCGAUGGCUUCAUCCUUGGCCUUUGGACGCUCAUCCUGCUGGUGUUUUUCAAGACGUACGGCAUGAAGCACCUCAAACACAUCUUCUGAGACAUUCGCCAUCAAUAGAGCGAGGAGCCGUUAAUAAACCGUAUUGAAAGGGAACCGUGAAAGAUGUACGCCAACACAACUGUGAGGCCAAUGUUAUCUAUUUUUUACACUGGGACAUUUGUUGAUGUUUUAUGUUUUUCUAUUUAAAAUGUGAUGUAUUUAAGUUUUAAGAGGAGGGGUUGCAUGCAAAAGAAGAGCUGCAUCAGGCUCAGGUGUCUUUGCACAAUUAAGGCUGGAUUUAUAUUGCAGGUCUAAGUGGGCAAUUUCCAAUUUAGCAUCUACAUGCAUUAUUUACUUUUGUCUAUAUGCAUAUUUUCAAUCACAGUAAUGUGCUAUUUGCAGGGAAUAACAAGGACGACUGAGUCCUGCCACAAAUAGCACAAAACUGAGUAAUUGAAGCCCCCCCCCCCAAAAAAAAAAGUUAAUUGCCUGUAUUAAUAGUUUAAACCAUAAAUAUAUCCCAAAGUAUGUCUACUAUGACUAGUCGUAAUUACAUUUUGAAUAUUUGGAAUUUGCAUUAAAGAUCACCCAAACUAUGAUCCCAAAACAGUCUAAUAUAAUUUCAACCCCAACAUGAGGCUUAAAAAGAAAGGAUUUACUGACUAUUUGAUUUUGGAAAAAUGCUCCGGAAGUUUGCAUAUUCAUGUGUAUACACAGGCAUCUAAGACUGUCUGUAACUUCCACUAACAACCCAGGCAAAAUUUAGCUCCUCUGCGACAUAGUCAUGAAAAAAAUUAUUUGACCACCCUUAUUUCUUCAGUUAGUUGUGAAUUUUAAUGCCUGGUACAACUAAAGAUACAUUGUAUACAUUUGUUUGGACAAAUAUAAUGAUGACAACAAAAAUACCUCAUAGGCUUUUAACAGCUGAUAACUAGCCAUUUUCCAUAGUUUUCUUGAUAGUAAUCAAAAUCACUGGGAAUAAAGUUAAGCUUAAAAUUAAGCAAAAAGGACAAAGUAUUAUGGAAUCAUCUCCAUUUUUGUUGUGUUCCUUGUAUUCUUCAGGUUAUAUACCUUUAGUGGUACCAGGCAUUAAAAUGAACGACGGAAGAAACGGGUAGUCUAAUAUUUUUCCUCAAUGACUGUGUAAAGCUCCUCUCGUGGGGAAUUACUGUCAUCCUUAUCCAAUGUUCCUGUGUUUACAUUACUGAACACCUGCAACAACCUACAUGGAUAGCCAUCCAAAAUGUAAAGUAUGUAAACAACUACAUAAGUGGCAACAUCGAGCAGCUUUGAUGCUUAUGAACGUUUUAGGGCCCGAAUACCAAUUGGAAUCGCUGUGUUAAUGAUCAUUCUGACCAAUUCAUCUCCUUUUUAGGGGCCUCUGCAUGCCCAAGAAGUCCCUAAUUUGUGCAAGACCGUGCAUCCCGGUAAACACUUUAGGGUACGAAAAAUGCUCACCACCCAAAAACAAAAACCCCUGAUUCCAUAGCCCUCCAAGGAACACAUCAGUUUCACCAAUUGACACCAAAUUGGGUGGGCAUGUCUAUCAUAAUAAGAUGCACUAAAAGGUCUCAAGGACUCAAUAGAGAAUUUGAACAGGAAGCCAGACAUUUUAGUUUGAAGCAGCCAUUUUGUGGGCUGGUGACUUAUACUUGGAAUUCGCCCAAAGAAGCCCCAACCAUAAGUGGUUAUCCUCGACAGAUGGAGGAUUUGCAAAAGAUUAUAAUUUCCAUCUUUGCAUGUUGAUGGAGCAUGGCAGUAAAGUUUGAAGACUCAGCUAACCAAAGUCCCAACUUGAAGACAUCAGAAUAAGAAUAAGAAUCAUCUUUAUUUUCCAAGUUAUGGCCAAAACACAAAAGGAAUUUGAAUCCGGUAGUUGGAGCUGUUCUAGUACGACAACAGACAGCCAUUUGACAGAAAAUACUUUUGAGGCAUAAAAACACAGUACAGAGAGUCACUGAGCGACGAAAGGUUGGCGGUAAUGUGGUAAUGCCAAUAAAAUAAAAAAAAUGUUGUUUUUUUUUUGUGUGAAAAUUGUGCAAAUGAUGCACAGUCCUGGAGUGAUUUAGAGCAGUUUGAAAUGACUAAUAGAGCAAUAGUCUAGUACAGUGACAUUUAUGCAAAUCUGGAACAGUGUCAAUUGUGGAAAUGGUGGAGAAGCACACUAGUGGCCAGUAUUGGUCAACAACAUAUAUGCCAAUAGUGCAGAGUGGCGAGACUACUACAGUGAGUGCACGAAUAAUGCAUAAUUAUUAUGCAGGAUGUGGAGGGUCCAAGAGGAUUUUGCAUGCUCUUGUCUUAGUCCUCAAGGGUGGGUAGGGGUGUACCGACAAUUUUUUCAGCAGGUUUGAUUGCCCAUUGCACUGGGAUGAGUUUGUCCUUCUUUUGGAAGCACCAAACCAGACUGAUGGAUGAAUACAGGACUGAUUCAAUGACUGCUGUACAGAACUGGGUCAACAGCUCCUGUGGCUAGCCGUGCCGCAGGAAGUACAUUCUGUGCUCGGCCUUUUUUAGGAUGAAGUUGAUGUUGAUCUCCCACUUGAGGUCCUUAGAGACUGUAAUUCUCAGGAACUUGAAGGUCUCGACGGUUGACAUGGGGCAGUUGGACAGUGUGAGGGACAGCUGUGGCGAAGGUUGCCUCCUGAAGUACACGAUCAUUUCUACAGUCUUGAGCGUGUUCAGCUCCAGGUUGUGUCGACCACACCACAGCUCCAGCCCCUCCGAGACAUAAGCGUCCCCUCCUCACAGAAAUGUCUGGAUGCGAUUUACUUUAUUUCUGACACUUCCGUUCUUACGAUUUGGCCAUUUUGCCCAUUUUCAACUGUCCUUCAAAACUAACUUGUUCUAGAGAUUUUGUCCGAUUGCUCCCCAGUUUAACCACAUAUAGUAGACAGAUGGACAAUGCUAAAUUGCAAAAUAAUUCAGUUUUCGCCUCUGCAUGUCGGCAGAGCGUGGCAGCGAAAUUUGAAGAGUUGAAAGUUAAAACACUCGGGUGCAAAACUGGGAGUUGUGUGACUUGAAACGUAGUGUAACUCCAGCCUAAGUGUGCACACAAGCGAGUCAUUGAAUAAGAAUUUAAUCACUUUUAGCGGAUGUUCUGCUCAGCAUAUUUUGUCUAUUUUUGUGUCCAAACUGCCGGGCCAGCCAGAAAAGGGGAAAAAGCGGGAUGGGGGCCCGUCUGAUUGGUGGCGACUGGCGCUGCUGAGAGAUGACUUGUUACGUCUCUGCUGUCUGGACGCAUUACACCCCCUGACCGUCAUAAUGUGGAUAACAAUCCCACAUAAUACAGUCGACUCUCUCCUAUUCACCAAAUUGCCCACCCUGCGGAAACAUCCAUUAACUUCCCAACUGUGUAGCGCUCCAACUGACGGCUAUUUCUGUGGCCGAUCACAGUCCUGCGGUGAGUGAAUGAUAAGCCAGUAAGCCCCGGUGGCCGUCCCAAAUGGAUCCUCUUUCAUGUAAUGGUCUUUCUUCAUUCCCCUCCCAUCCUUUCAUUCCUGCCGUGACACUACAUCACCGCCUCAUUGCCGGGAGGACUGAUUGAUGUUUAAAGCACACGGGCGCCUCCCCUCUCCAAAACCAGACAGCUGCUGCAUCAGCCACCCGGGUGCCUUUCUUCUUAUACAUUAUUAAUACCGGGCUCAUCUCUUCCUUGCUUUUCAGCCCCUUCUUUUUUAUUUCCUGCCAUCCAAUUCCCACAGCUUUCUCCCCCUUUUUUGGGUGGGGAAGCAUGUUUUUCUUCCUCAUUUUGGCGAGAUGCCGGUGCCCCGAUUAUAGAUGAAUCGCUGAAUCAAACUGAAUAAAUUUGUCUCAACUGCUCGUAACCGACAAUAAUGAGCUUCCCUAAUUACUCGGAGAUCCUCCCCUCCUUUGACCGCUACAAGCGCCUUCCUUGAAGUGAUAAGCCGGAGUACGAUUUUUUUGGCCAACUUGGCUCUCCGAAAGCUUGUUUGAACUCCAAAUUGUACUAUUUUUGGCAUGUGCGGCUGUACUCAGAACUACGAGGUCUGUCAGAAAGGUUCCAGGACCGAUGUCAUAGAAAGUCCAAUGUCACGCCUUCACGCACUCCUGAAAGGCUUCAUCCGGGAUCCUCUGCAUUUCCAUCGUCACGGCAAUCAUCCACAUCUUCAUAAUGGGUCCCCUUGAUGACCCCUUGAGCUUGGGAAAGAGGGGGGGGGGGGGAAGUCACACACAGCCAGGAUGGGUGAGUUGGGAGGUUGCUCCAGCACGGCAAAUGUUCUUCUCGGCCAGGAACUGUCUGAUGCUUCAGGGCGUUGUCAGCAGGCACAUUGUUAUCGUGACGCAGCCACAGCUUGUCGCCUCUUCUCAUGCGCUGAAUGACGUAAACGCCGCAGGAUCUUAUUGAAGAUGUGCUGGUUGAUCGUCAGCCCCACAGUCAAGGGGAAAAACUCUAGUUUUAGGUUUGAAAUAUAACUUUUGUGACACCAUUGCUGGAACCUUUCUGACACACUUCGUGCGCCAUCCUCCGUGCCCUCGAAACGCCGCCAUUUGUAAUCAAUAACACAAAACAAAAGUCGAGCUUGACAGAUUUUUCCAUGGGAAGUGAAGCUGAAGCUGAAGCUUUUCAGGUAACCUUUGUAAUAUCAUUUCCAAGGAUUUAAAUGGACAUUUUAGAGGUUAUAUGAUAAUGAAUUCUCCUUCUUAGUGGUAGGCGAUACUCAGAGGGGCUUUGCUUUGAAUGAAGCCAAACUGAUCUUUGUCCUUUGCUUGGAAAGAUUUCUUUUCCUGGUUGUAUUGUUUGCAUUUUAUGAUUGCUGUCCAAGGAAAACCCUCUGUGUCUAUAAAUUUUUUAUAAUAUGUGAUACAACAAUAUUUCCAUCUAGAAUACAUUAUAAAAUGUCACAACAUUUGGAGAUACCUGUUUUUCAUCAAUACAAAAAAGUCCUGUUUGGAGUUUUUCCUUCAUGUUGAGAAAUGUUUUUUUCCCCUAAAUAAUAUAUAAAGUCACAAAAUUUGAUAUAUCCGCCUAAGAAAAUCAUGAAAUUUGGAGAAUCUUUAUACUUAAACAAAAUUAGGCGACUCCUGCUUUUCAUAAACACUAAAAAGUUAUAUUUGGCCAUAGCUGGGUUUUUUUUUUCCAUAUAUCUUGAAAGAUUCGGAGAUAUCUGCUUAGAAUUCAGGAAUUUUGGAGAGAGACGCUUUUCAUGAAUACUAAAAAGUCAGAACAUGUGGCGAUGCCAGCUUUAAUUCAUCAGUUAAAAAGUCACAAAAUUUGUAUAUCUGUUUUUCAUUAUUCCGAAAAAGUUUGGAGGUACUUCUUUUGCAGAAAUACCAAAGAGUGACCACAUUUGGAGGUACAAUAUGCGGUGUUCAUCGGGCAGCAACAUUGCAUAAUUUGUCUGUAUGAUCUCAUGACACUAAAGACUUGACUGCUGAUUUUUGUCUGACAUUUUGUAUAACAGUGAAAGAUCUUUAUUAAUUAAAACAUUUUAAAUAUUUUUUUGGGGUGGUCUGAAACUUGGUCAGGUUGCCUGGAAUUUAAUCCAUCAACAAUGUUAAAGCAUCAUUUCAUUUUGACUGUUUCACCAACAAGCUUGUUGUUAAGACAUCACCACUGUCCUGUCAAAUUAAGUUUGAUCUAACAUGUCACAGAAUUGAAUAUCUUAUUGAUUUUUUUUUUUUUUUGAGGGGGAAGAUUUAGGAAUGAUGAUUAGAUUUUGGCAGACAAGGUCAACAUCUUCAGCAUCACUCCUCCCUUCCCGCCAGUCAUAAUGGAAUUAUUCUUAUGCCAUGAAUGGCUUUUAUUGAUUGACUUUUCAAAAUAAAUUGGCAUAAAAUAUGG